GAAAAAUGAGAUCCACACUAAUCUGAGUUGAGGAGACUGUGGCCAAAUCUGAAAAAUCCUUCCGAGGCCUCUAAUGGAAACAAGAUCAGACAAUAUCAACCUCUGUCCUGAAAUCUGCAAUGUUGAUCCAAGCAAAUUGCUCGGUAGAAAGUGACCCAUGAAAUGGCAAGAAUAAAACAGAAAUAUUCCAGAGAGGGGACUACCACAUUGAUGUCUGCAUCAAUGAUUAUUUAGAUGUGUUCUGUCCUCACUAUGAGGAUUCAGUACCAGAAGAUAAGACUGAACGCUACGUUCUUUACAUGGUGAAUUUCGAUGGCUACAGCUCCUGUGAUCACACUUCCAAAGGAUUCAAGAGGUGGGAAUGUAAUCGGCCUCACUCCCCAAAUGGACCGUUGAAGUUCUCAGAAAAAUUCCAGCUCUUCACUCCCUUCUCACUAGGAUUUGAGUUCAGGCCAGGCCGGGAAUAUUUCUACAUCUCUUCUGCAAUCCCAGAUAACGGAAGGAGGUCAUGCCUAAAGCUUAAAGUCUUUGUGCGACCAGCAAACAGCUGUAUGAAAACUAUAGGUGUUCAUGAUCGUGUUUUCGAUGUUAACGACAAAGUAGAAAAUUCAUUAGAACCAGCAGAUGAUACCGUACAUGAGUCAGCCGAGCCAUCUCGUAGUGAUAACGCAGCACAGACACCAAGGAUAUCCAGCCUGCUUUUGGCAACCCUACUAUUCCUCUUGGCGAUGCUUUUGAUAUUAUAGCACAGUAUAUUCCAGUAACCUGUCACAGAAAACAUCAGGGUCUUGGAACAUCAAAGAUCCACCUAACUGCUUAUCCCAAGAAAGGGACUUUAUAUUGGUUUUGCAGAUGUCAAUUUUUUUUGGUUUGGUUUGGUUUUUUUCUUUUCAGCCUGAACUAUGAGCAAGAAUUUGAGGGGAAUAAUUAAUUUCAACACCCAACCCUCCCCUGUGACUUUCCUCAACCCCUCCAAAAAAUGAAAGGACUCCAAAUGAAAAUGCCAAAUUAUAAUAGUGACACUAGUGAUUCUUAUUUUCCUCUGCAUUCUCCUAUAAGAAGUCACCACCGUUAGCUCACUGUGUUAUCUGUAUGUGGACAAGGAAGAAUAGUGGCAGAUGCAGUCAGUGAAGGAUAAGGAAAUUGAGUGGAAGCCCGGGAGGGUUUUAAUCUCCGAUACAAUAUUUAUGCCUUCUCAUUCAGUUCUGUAAGAUGAUCAUGCAAGGCAUCAUGUCAUCAUGUCAGGACUGGAGGGGAGAUAUUAAGAACAGAUACAAUAUAACACCAUUUCCUCCAGGAGUUUCAAACUGAAAAGGAAAAGACACUGUUUCUUAUAGGACUGGCUUGAAUCAUCCUUGGUAGAAAAGCUUGUUCUCCCACAAUAGAAGCUCUGUUUUUUGCAGGGGGAGGGGGGAUGAAUAUUUAGGAAUGUUAGCACACAGCAAGCAAGGUCAGAUUUAGGAAACUUCACUGAGGGUGAUAGUGCCUCGGUUACUUCUGUUUCAGUGGAUAGUGCACACCAGAUUAUUUUCUUUCAAAGCAGAUCACCAUGGUGCUACAAUUUUUUUUCUUGAAAUGCAAAGAGGCAUUUUUUGUGAAUAAAGUGACCUUCCCCGGGGCUGACUUAGUAGCUGAUAGCCUUGGAUGCUGCUCUGGGUGACAAUACGUACUAAAGAGAGGACAUCAGUGGCCAGAGGAAACAUGUUUGGGACACUGGCUCUCCAGUGUACUCUUGAUUUGUCUCCCCUGCAAGUUCAACAACCCUGAGAAUAAAACACAAGUAGAAGAAGCCAGGACAGUCAAUCGGCAUUGCUUGGUGGGGGGAAGAAAGGAAGUGUGUGGAAUACAAAUUCAAGAGUUGAUUUUUUUCCCCCUUUCCAACACAGUUUGAAGAGUAGAGGAAACGUGUUUAUCAGCAGGAGAUAAACUAGAUGGGCUCCCAAAGACUUAACAAAAUAUUUUUUUAAAAAUCCACUAGAAUAGAAAAUACAUUAUUUAGAUAUACUUUAUGCUGAGAGUGAGUAUAUAUGCUUGUCCUAUUUAAACAUGUGAGAGAAGUGGUAACCUUUGAUGCAAUUAGGAAUAUGGGGAGUGUCUUGUUGAUGGAAUGUUUAAAGAACCUGAGCAUGGCCAAGAUAGGACUUGAAAAAGUCAUGUGCCAGGAAAUGCAAGCCUUGGGGUUUCUAUUGGCUAGACUGCCGUGGACUUCGAACUCUGGAACGUAGUCAGGGAAAUGUCACCAACACUGAAACAAAACCUUUCAAGCAGGAAAAAAAAAAAGAGAUUAUUAUGUUAAAUGUGAAAAAAACGAGCACUUUCCAACAACACAAAGGUUUUUCUGUGUUUGUUUCAAAGAUAAAGUAUAGUUUAAAAACGAACUGGUAUAAUUAAUGGACAGCAUUUUGUGAAUAUAAUUAAGAAAAAGAAAGAAAAGAAAAGCUGGUUCCUUGAGGUUUCUGGGGGAAAAUGAGUUUAAGGUACACAGGGAAGUUUUACCCUUGUUAAGCUAAAAUCUGGGCUUGCCUGAUACCAUGGAGUAUGGAUAUUAAAUGCAGGCUCUGCUUUUAAGAUGAGACUGAGGAAAUUUCUACUAAUAUCAAGCACAUACAACCAAGAGCCAAAGUCUAGGCAGUGAGGAAAAUCAACCAUGUUUGUUACAAUAUAUGAUCAAGACAUUGUUUGAUAUAGUCAAUAAAUUUCUUUAUCACAUAUAUUUGGGGCAAGCGCUAGUACUUUCUUCAGCGAAAUAUUACAGAGCUUUGGGGAAGGUGGCCUGGAGGCUUAAAGCACCCCUUAUUAAAUGGAUUUUUAGGCAGAGUAAAGAUAAUAUUGCAUGCUAGAUUACCACCCUACAGCUCACAAUCAUAGUUAUAUUAAUAAUGCUAAUUUUAUUUUAGAAAUGGUAGCUUUGGUGGUUUUCCAUCAGUUCUCUAUAAACGGUAAUGAACUCACAGCUGCAUAUCUAUCAACCUCAAACUUUUAUUCACUAAUCUUUUAUUCACUUAUUCAACUCUUUGCUUUAUUGCAUUGCCUCCGCUAACUAAAUGAAUCACAGCAAAACUACUACAGCUAAUAGAUUGCUACACUGCAUAGAAUAAUAUAACUGUGCGUAGCAAGCUUACCAAACAUCAGCUUGAAUACUUGAUGGCAUCCGGCAAUCCCAGUCAUAGCAAGUUAAGCAAGUGCUAUAAAUCAUUGAAUCUCUGUUUGGUGUUGAGUUACAAAACUCUGGAAGCUUUGGAGGAUGUUGGUGCAAGUUUUAUGCAGAUUUCCUCCCCACAAACACAUCCCCGCAGAUGUCUGAGGGAAUAAUUCUGUUACAGCAGUCCCUCAGUCCAGAUAGUUCACCCCUAUGAGCUGCACUCCUGGUUGCCAAGGGCUUUGCAACAUGAAGCAGGGAAAUAUGGAUCAGUCUGUUUAGUGGAUACUGUGUAUCCUUUAAUAGACAAGGUAACAGUUCGUGUUAGUUUAGAAUAUUGUUUUGUACUGUACUUUCUUGGAUGGCGAAGGAAAGACAAGUAAAACAUAAAAAAGCUAUGUUCUUUAAAUUCUGUAUUAUUAGCAACCUCUGUUGUAUAUAGUGUUUGAUAAUAAAGUAUUAAUUUGAUUCUUAUGUCUUUUGUAAGUGAGAACAAUAGACUUUCAGGAUAUUAAAACCAUGUGUUGAUUAUAAGACAGAGCUUUGAAGCAUCAAGUGUGAUCAUGGCUGAGAACUGAGUUACAAGUGGCCAUGACACUGCAGCAUACAGGACUCAUCUGUGAAAAUUGUUCAUCUGAUCCCAAGACUUCACCAUGUCAGGACCUUGAACAACAUGACUUUUGAUGAUCAAUGUUUUGUCCUCAGUGUUUAAAGGUCUGAUGUUGGAGCUCUGUGGGUUUUUUAUGUUUGUUAUGGGGGUUUUGUUUGUUUGUUUGUUUGUGUUUGUUUUUUUAAGCAAGUUGGUUUCUAAAAGGCUGUGGGGAUUUAACAACUCUCUCAUUUCGUUUUCUUUUCUUUUUUUUUUUUUUUUUUUUUUUUUUUUUUUUUUUUUUACCUUUUUUGUUUUCUGUUUUCCUUCUGGUUGGUUUUUUUUCCUGGAUAGUUUUUUUUUUUCAGAAUUGAUUUUUGCCAGUAUCAUGUGUGACAUGCACAUGGACUUAAUUCCAAAACAUCAAGAAACAACUCUGGGAGUGUUCAAAUGUGGAUUAUUUCCUUUCCUAUGGAAUUGUGAAAGGAAAGACAUUGUAUUUGUACCUGUUGAUUUUUUUUUUUCUUAGAAACUGAACUUUACCUAUUGCCUGAUGAGAGCAAUGGUUCUGUCAGUUCCAGAAAUGUAGAAAAGAAUGUAACUCCUCCCCUCCAUUCAUUAUGCUUAGAUUUUGUACUGACCAGUUUUAUUUACAACUCCCCACCCUUCUCCCUCCCCCCACCCCCCUGCUCUCCCCCUCUUUUUUUUUUUAUAAUUUGGAGCAGUGAAUGGGCAGAUCUGUUUCUGGUUUGGCAUCACUGAGUUUUUCCCAUGCAUUCGCCCCCAAGCUUCUCGGAUGUGAGACAAAUCUCCCUACAAUAGGCUUGCUGCCAUUGUCUGUACAGUUUAAUAGAUGCUGGCAUGUUGGAGGUUACCCAUGAGUCUGCGAAAUCCGCUUUCCAUGCUUACUCUUGACACCCCAUUGAAGCCACUCAUUGUGUGUGCAUCUGGGUAUGAAAGUCCGGCUCAGUGUGGUCCUGUGCGUGUACUGCCCUGCUUUGCAGUUUCUUUGCACUUAUUCAUUGAGUGCUGGUUUUGAAAUGCUGACAUUAUAUGAACCUAAAAAAAAUGUAAAAAACAAAAAACAAAAAAGCAGAACUACAACAACAACAAAAAACAACCCAUAAGAUCUGUAUUUGUAUAUACACGUGUCCGUACAAUUAUACUUAAAUAAAAAUUAAAGAUUUUCAUCAUUUUAA